CAUCGGUUGGUUUCAAAUGUCUAAAAAUCCGAACUCUUUGAGCAGGAACUUUUCGAUUUUUUCUUGUGAAAAUGUUUGUGAUUUAGCUAAAUAUAGAGCUAAACAUAUCUGCAUGGGAAGCUGAAAUUCAUGAACUAUUUUCAUUAACAUUUUCCAAUGAAGUCUAAAAAGGUUUUUUUUAAAUGAAUCUUGUGCAGGUGCGCAAAAAAAAAAAAAAAAAUAAAGAUAAAUAUAACAAGAAUUAAUGAAUUAAAAAAUGAACAGUAUUAAAAAACAGCCAAAGUAAUUUAUUCGCGCGUAUCAAAGCAUCAUAUCGCGUCUUUUUACAACAUGUUUGAACUUUCGCAGCAGGCGACGAAAUAAAAUGAAUUGAGUAUCUCAGCUUGACCUGAUCUUAACAAACGAACAGAAGGCUUGAAAUGCUCGACUUUCGGCAGCAUUUUCUACUCACUGAAUACACGGGAAACUAACUUCGCUUAUUAUUGGUAAUUUUUUGUAUAUAUAGUUCCAAAUAUUUGAUGGAGUUUUGAAGUGGUGUUGUUUAGGCAAAGUCUAACUAUUUAGCGAGCUUCGUUAAUGAAGUGUAGCGGGAGUUAAUUAAAAAAAGAAAUAAGUUGUUUCAAAAAAACCACUAAUUAGACACGCAUUAGUGAGUUUUCGAACGUUCACUGAUUUUAAGUUUGUGUUAAACAAACGAAACAUACGAGAGGAGAUUCCGUUUGAGGAAACAUCGAGCUGAAGGAACAAGCAAAGCAAGAUGAGAGUUAUUAAUCCACCAGGUGGUAAAUGUAACAUUAAUUUAUUUGAAGAGGAGCCAGAGCCUCCGAAUAUAAUCCCCAUCAACAAAUGCCAGGAAGCCAGAAUGAAAUCACAAGUAUUUUGCAGCGUUAAGAACGAGGAGUCUGAAUCGACGAAAUCUGUAAACAACAACGAACGCAUAAUUGAUAGAAGUGAAUCAAAUGGCGCCUCAACGCCACCAAAGGAGACCGACAUAGCAACUGAACCGUUAUCUGGUAUAUUUCCUUGUGCACCGUGGUCACCAAUGAAAGUUCAACAGAAACGGCAAUCUCCAUUUGCACUACGAAACAACCAGUCACAUAUCUUUUGAACACAAAAUCAUCCGGUUUAUGUAAAUAAAAACAUUUUUUUUAUUCUUAUUUAUAUGACGACAUUUUCAGCAUUUGUUUUGUGAAGGAUGCAUUUUUAACGUUCUGCAAAAUAAACAACGAGUAGAAAGUAACUUACGGAACUGUCCCAUCAGAAUAUUAUAAGCGUGGAAAUGCCUGGGGCGAGGUCACAAAUAGCCUAAAAAUUUUGCAAGGAAUUGACAUUUUUUCUGACUGUGUUCCUCCCACUAUUCUUUACCCCGAUAUUUUAUAUUUGCAAGAUUCCACCAUAAAAAAAAAACCAAAAAAAUUUCUGUCAAUUUCUUUGGAAUAAGUUGAAGUAUCCGAUUUGUGCUAGUGAUUCUUCAUGACUUUGAGUUAGCAUUGGGACCUAAUCCCCAAUCUGACGUUAAAAAAUUUUUUUAGCAGUCAAUCCUGGACAAAAGUCGGAACAGUCACUACACACCAUUCAAUGCUAUACAACAUUUGUAAAGUCGCAUUUCGACUAUUAUGUAUUUUCUUUUCAAGCCCAUUUACACAUUUAGUCGUUUUUAAGAUAUUUCUACCGUUUCAAUUUUUGCCGAUUUUAUGAUAUUUUAAAUUAUAUUUCGUGUGUAAUUUCGAUACCUGCUUUUGCGAUGAUCAACAAGUCUCAAAUUAAAUAGCUAAUUUUAAGAAAUUUUCUU